AUGGAAUUAUUUGGCAAAGAGAUACCCAUUGUUUUUUUUGCUCCAAUUGGGUUUCGCUUGAAUAGCACUUUAACUAGCAAACGCUAUUUGAAGUUUAUCGAUGGAAUUUAUCCUGAAAUUAGCAGUCAAAUUGCCCUCACGAGGGAUAUUUAUAAUUUGGAGCCAAAUAAUAGAAAGACCGAGUUUCAUA